CGUGUGUAAAGCUGGGAUAUGGGCUCCUGCCACAAUCGCUUUGUUCCAAAUGGGAGGGACACAAUUGAAUUUAGUCCACAUUUAAUAUCUUCAGUGCGCAGGGAUCAUCCAUUUUUUUAGCAUUAUUUAAGAUGCUUAGUACUGAGAGUGAAUCUGAACCUAUCAUGGUCCUUUUGGUUUUACCUGCUCUACCUAGUAUGCUGAACACAAGUGUGCAGCCGCUGCGCUAAAACCGGUAAAUUCCUGCCCACAAACUAAACGUUGUUUGCAAUUCGCCAAUCAUUGGAAGCAGAAGGAGAACAACCAGAAGAAGAAGAACAACAACAACCAGAAGAAGAAGAAGAAGAAGAAGAUCCUAUAGCAUAGCAUAGCAUCCGUCGGUUCAGUGGACAAAGCCUGAGGUUCAAGUGUUCUUCUGUGCUCUUUGAACUGUGAAAAUGUUGAAAACAUUGGUAAGGGAGCGACUAAUUGCGGCCACCGACGAAAUCUUCGGACUGUUUGAAAGAACGAUAUUGUCGUACGAGGAGCAACUUUGUCGAGCGAGAGAGGAGACCGAGCGACACCGACGACAACUCCAAGCCGUUUGCAAGACUCAAGUUGUCAUACCCCUCCAAGGUGCUUGUUGCAAGAUUUCUGACAGAGGAGUGCAAAGAAUAAUCAGAAGAGUUGUCCAAGAGCAAAGAACCACCUGUGGAGAGCUUCAAAAAGACCUGGAAUUAGCAGAUGUUCAGCAGCUGAUUGGUCGUCAGGAAGAACUUCCCCUUCAGCUGCGGUGGGGGCAAUCGAGUUUGAAACAAGAGGAUCCACAGCCCCCCUCUGUUAAAGAAGAGGAAGAGGAGGUUGAGGUCAACAUAUUGCCACUGACUGUCGUCUCUGUGAAGAGUGAAGAUGAAGUACCCGAGUGGCCUCGGCUUCUUCAUCACAGUCCAAGUGGAGACCAUGGUGGAGGUCCACCACCAGACAACCUCUUAGCUCCACUGUCGGACAGUGACGACAUGGAAGAACCUUUGAGGAGCGACGAAGACUGUGAAGGUGACAAACAGUCAAAAUGCUCUGAAGAGGCGACAACUCUCAACCAUGGAACGUCACGAAGACGUAAAAAACGUGUUGCUUGCUCAGUUUGUGGCAAAGAUUUAGCUAAAAACAAAUUGUUCAGACAUAUGAGAACGCAUAUUGGAGAAAAACCAUUUAGUUGCUCAGUUGGUGGUAAAGGGUUCACAAAAAAAUCUGACAUAGGAAGACACAUGAGAACACACACAGGAGGAAAACUUUGUUGCACAGUUUGUGGCAAAGUGUUCAAAAAUAAAACAGAUAUGGUCAGACACAUGAAAAUACACACAAGAGAAAAACACUUUAUUUGCUCAGUUUGUGGUAAAGCAUUCACAUUUAAGUCAGACAUGGUCAGACACAUGAGAACACACACCGGAGAAAAACCCUUCAGUUGCUCGACUUGUGGUAAAGCAUUCUCCCAAAAGUCAACCAUGGUGUCACACGAGCUAACGCACACAGGCGUAAAACCCUUUAGUUGCUCAACUUGUGGUAAAAAAUUCUCAAGAAAGACCAACUUUGAGUUUCACAUGAGAGUACACACAGAACAGCCCUUUUGUUGCUCAGUUUGCAGGAAAACAUUCCCUCUCAAAGAAAGACUGAUAUUACACAUGAAAGCACACGCAGAAGAAAAACCCUUUAGUUGCUCAGGUUGUGAUAAAGAGUUCGCUCACAAGUCAGAUAUGGUUAAACACACAAGAACUCACACAGGAGAAAAACCGUUUAGUUGCUCUAUAUGUGGUAAAGCAUUCCGUCAAAACUACCAUAUGAAAAGCCACAUGAGAGUACACACGGGAGAAAAGCCCUACAGUUGCUCAGUUUGUGGUAAACAGUUCACUCGUAAGUCAGAUAUGGUUUUACACAGGAGAAAACACACAGGAGAAAAAUUCUGUAGUUGUACAGUUUGUGGUAUAAGCUAUACAAAUACGAGAAGUUUGGCUGCACACAUGUGGGCAAAACACAGGAGUAUAAAUGUUUUACAGUCACAGGGCUCUGGACCCCCCUGAAAUGUUUGCAUUUUUUUCCCCUUAAAAUUUGAGACAUGCAAGUAAAUUUUUCAAUCUACUCGCACGCGUGACCAGUAAAUUUGCUGAAAUGUAAAAAAAAAUAUCUUAAAUGUUUUUGGUUUCUAAUGAAUUUCUGCUCCACACAUCAGCCCAGUUGUUGGUGAUAAAGCACAUAUGAACUGGUUUGCCAACCAGUAUUAGCUCCAGAAGAAGAAAGACGACGAAUUCCAAAGAAGAAGAGGCAGGCGAAUGUGUUUGAGGGCGUUGGGGGUUAAUGACAACGGUGUGGCAAAUGUGUGAAAAGAGAUGUCUGCUGUUAGCAACACAAACAAUUUCAUCCUUGCCAGAAUGCUUGCCACAUACCUUUGUGGGCUGAGAAAAACAGCAAACCACCUUAUUUGCAUUCUGUGUAUCCACUGGUCUCGAAGGCUGUGUCUUUAAAUUGCAAGUUGAUCUGGUGCAAAAAGGUUUGCGGCAAUGCUCAUUUGAGCCACCCACUGUUUCAUGGAGCUUAAUAGAUGCCUCACAUUCAUAUUUAUUUUUCUGGCAGUUAAAGCUGUCAAGUCCUUCUGUCCAUUUAUUUACCUGCUGUGGUGAAUGGAACAGGAAGUUCAACGGAAACUCAUUUUCUGAUAACUGGUGCACGUAGUCCAUUUCAGGGAGACAAAUUCGAGGAACUGCAAAUUCUGCUGUUGAUCCGCACGUGGGGAACACAGAAUUUGAUAUUACUGACACUGCUGGUUUAAACAUUAACUUUAUAUUUUUAAUAUUCAACCUGCAUCACUUGUUUAGUAUGUUUUUGUGUCAAACCUUGCUCAUUAAAAUACAUUUUAAAUGUAGUUUCUGCAUUUAUUGUCAAAAUAUUUAGCAGUAAUAUAAUAAAAAAUGUCUUUGCAUCCCAAUUUCCAGUUAAACCAACAUAGCAUCUGUUUUCUAUGUCACUAACCACAGACAGGAAGGAGGGGGAAAUACUUCCAAGGCUGUAUGCUUGUCUAAUGGAUGGCAUAAGUCUGUAAAUAAAAUGGUUUUGCUUCUUGUCAA